CAAAAGCUGCGCAAAUGGGGUGAUGAAAUAAAACUAUUUCUUAAAAUUACAAACGUGUUGAAUUACUCACAGUCUUCGAGGAAACAAAGACUUCCACUCCACUGGGGAAACAUGGUUACGUCGACCUAGCAUCCGCAUGAUUAAAUAAAACUACAGACUGAGAUUUCAGACUCCACCGUGGAAACCCGUCCAUCCAUGCAGUGCCUGUCUGUGCACAGGCUGCCCGCACAACACAUCACUUUGAGCCCCGAAGAGGAGCGGAGAGGCAGAGCAGGCGCUGGUCUCCGACAUGGCGAAAGAAGGAGCACAUAUGACAGAGGAAACUGAGUUCAUGAUAGAGAAAAAUGUUGGGAAAGAAAAAGAAAGUGUGGAAUCUUCCAGCGAUGCCAAAGAAAUGCGAGCAGUGAUAUUGGCAGGAUUUGGAGGUCUCAACAAACUCAGGGUAACCAAGAAGGCAAUGCCCGAGCUGCAGGACGGAGAAGUGAAGAUUCGCGUAAAAGCAUGUGGCUUGAAUUUUCUGGAUCUGAUGGUACGUCAGGGGACGAUUGAUAACCCCCCAAAACCUCCUCUAGUCCCUGGGUUCGAAUGCUCUGGGAUAGUGGAAUCAGUGGCUGAAAACACAACAGGAUUUGAGAUAGGCGACAGAGUUAUGGCUUUUGUGAAUUACAAUGCCUGGGCAGAGGUUGUUUGCACACCAGUGGAUUACGUCUACAAGAUGCCAGAUGAAAUGAGUUUUUCCGAAGCGGCUGCAUUCUCCCUGAACUUUGUGGCUGCCUAUAUGAUGCUGUUUGAGGUAGCCAAUCUGCGUGAGGGGAUGUCUGUGUUGGUUCACUCAGCAGGAGGAGCUGUAGGUCAAGCUGUGGCUCAGCUUUGCUCCACUGUACCUCGUGUCACUGUGUUUGGGAUUGCCUCAAGCUCCAAACACGCAGCCAUCAGAGACUCGGUGACUCACCUCUUUGACAGAAACAUUGACUAUAUGCAAGAAAUCAAAAAGAUUUCUCCUGAAGGAGUGGACAUUGUGUUGGACAGCUUGUGUGGCGAGAACACAGGGAAAGGCUUAAGUUUGCUGAAACCUUUGGGAACUUACAUCCUCUAUGGCGCGUCAAACAUGGUAACUGGGGAAACAAAGAGUUUCUUCAGCUUUGCAAAAUCUUGGUGGCAGGUGGAGAAGGUGAACCCUAUUAAACUGUACGAGGAGAACAAAGUCAUAGCGGGAUUUUCUCUCCUCAACCUACUCUUCAAGCAUGGGAAUUGUAGUCUUGUGAAAUCAGUGAUGGACAAACUCUUGUGUCUUUAUGAGCAAAAGAAGAUAAGGCCUGUAGUGGACUCCCUGUGGGCGCUGGAGGAGGUAAAAGAGGCCAUGCAGAGAAUUCAUGACAGAGUCAACAUAGGAAAACUUAUCCUGGAUGUUGAGAAGACCCCGACUCCUCUGAUGGCUAACGACAGCACAGAGACCAGUGAAGCAGGAGAGGAAGAGGAGGAGCCUGAGGGAGACAAUGACAGCAAGGAGCGAAUGCCUUUCAUCCACUAAAGCCAACACUGCAACGCACCCAGAGAGACUGCAGAGAUUCACCACAGGGGAACACAAGCACACACAGGUGUAUGUGUGUGUAUGUAUGAAUGCAGGUAUGCAUGUAUGCAUGACUGUAUGUGUGUACACAAGAUGUUUGUGCCUCUUGUCAGUAUUUUUGUCAGCUGGUCAGUCAGGCAACAGCUUGGGUAAGGGGAGCAACAAGUCCAAGUGCCAUUCCUGAACUACUCAUAUUAUUCUAUUCUUUACCCAUGAAGUAAUGCUAUGCUAGCUAAGACAUGAAUUAGUUUGAUCCAUUUUAUAACUACUUAUUUACCAACUCAGAUUAAAAAAGCAGCAUUUGAACCCUCUGACCCACUCCGUUACUCUAACAUUAGCACCCUGAAACAGAUUAAGUAAAACACAUUACUGUGAGAUCAGUCCUUAACAGCAGAUUCAGAACCUGAUCUCUUUGUUUUACUUCUCCUGAACCAUGAAGUGAAUCACAUUCUCUUCUUACAGUAGUAAUGUGAAGCCAGUAGAAAUAAAGAAUAAGAGUUUGUGUUGAUAUUUGCAUGGUGUUUUAUUUUUAGGUGCCAAAUGUGUUUUAUUUAGGAUCACCAGUGCCUUUGAGCUGCAAACGCGUGUUUGAUACUUGAACUGCUUUCCUUGUUUGAAGUGUGCAUCGAACAAACCAACAAAAACUGUGUUAUUCACUGGAGUUUAACUGAAGUUUGAUCAAAACUAUUAUGGCUGCUUUAUUGCCUGAAAACACUUUGUACUUAGAUGAAUCUGAAGUGCCACCAGAGCUGUCUUUAUAUACUAAGAUAUAGGACUAAAGAUGUAUUUUCCCACCAAAUUUUAUACUCAGAACUUUUACUUAAAUACAGUAUAAACUGAAAGAUAAAAAAGCCCUUACCUUCAGGCCACUAAAAUCUCCACUUUUUAAACACUUGCAUAGCAGAGUGUCAUUGGGUCAAAUUUCUGUAAGCCAAAACAUGUGAAUACUGAAUAAGAGAAUAUGGACAGAUCAAUAAACUGUGGAUUUUUGUAGAAAAUGAAUCGGUCAGUCAGAUGCAGUCCAAGGUUUGUGGCGUCUCUGCUGUUUGUCUGACCAAAGUUGUUUACUCGCUGGUGCCUCACAACAGAAGUGCCAAAAAACUCCUCCAGCAUAAAUUAGUUUUACAAUGAGCUUGUGUAAGGGGCAGGGUGUUUUACAUCUAUUUGUCACUUUAAUCCUCUGCUUUACUAAAUAUCUUAAAUGCACACUAAUGUUAAUAUUCUACAGAUAACUUAUCUUUUCUUUUUUGUAAAAUUAAGAAGUGGUUUGUUUCAUUUUCAGUAUUCCUUAAACUCCUGCAAAUUUGCUCUGUUUCAUCACAGCAACCCCCUUACUGAAUACUUGACUUAUUCAAAAUAAAAACAGACAAAAAAGCAUUCCCUCCACUAUUUAAACAACAUAACUUCCUUUUUGUAACUGUGCCAUAUUUAUAGUGUAGGUAAUAAAGAACAUAACAGCAGAUAAACUAACAUUAGAUAAUGAAGCAGACUCUAGAACUGUUUGUCACACAGUGCUAACAGAUGAAUGAAAUUUAGGAAUUACGUUUAGGAUCAGAAAUAAGGUAAUGAUGCGUACACACUUUAAAAUCACGUCAGUUUUGAUGCCUUUAAUGUCAGGUAUGUUGUUUGUGUAAGUGUUUGUGUGUUUGUGAGUGUGUGUGCAAGUUUACAAGUGUAUGAAUUCAUACUGAAUUAAAAAAAAAACAAAUGUCUAGCAU